GGCAGGGUAGGGUGCCCUGGCCCUUCGGCUGCUGCUGGGCCGUGCUUCUGGCACAGUCUUGGGGAGCCCGGUCAGGUCGUUGGGGCAGGUGUUUCCUGAAAGCAUCGAGGCUCACCGGCGCGUGGAGGUCACGGUGGGGCAAAAUUUCUUCUGGUCUCUCUGAAGAGAGGUAGUUCAGUUCCAAGAAUUUUAACGUUUACAGUGCCAUGGUCUAGGAGACGUGGUGGUGUCCUGCCAGAGGUUGGAUUCCAUGAUCUCAGAGGUGUUUUCAAACCUGACUGAUUCAGUGAUUCUGUGACACUCGUGCAGAGAGUACCACGGACAGGAUGGGUGUACAGGAACGUGGCGAAGCCAGAGAGUGUAUCCGAUCAUAUGUACAGGAUGGCAAUGAUGGCUUUGGUGACUGAAGACAAAACCCUUAACAAGGACAGAUGCAUACGAUUAGCUUUGGUUCAUGAUAUGGCUGAAUGCAUUGUUGGAGAUAUUGCUCCUGCAGAUAAUAUCUCAAAAGAGGAGAAACACAGGAGAGAAGAGGCAGCUAUGCAAGAACUGACCCAGCUUCUAUCAGAGGACCUCAGAAAAGAAAUCUAUGAACUCUGGGAAGAAUAUGAAAACCAGUCUACUGCAGAAGCCAAGUUUGUAAAACAGUUGGAUCAGUGUGAGAUGAUACUACAAGCAUUUGAGUAUGAAGAAUUGGAAAAUACACCUGGCAGAUUGCAAGAUUUUUAUGAUUCAACUGCUGGAAAGUUUUUUCACCCAGAAAUACUUCAGCUUGUAUCUCUGAUUAACACAGAAAGGAAUAAAAAAAUAGCUGCUACAUCUCGUCCGCAUUCCUGAGGUGCUCCUAAAUGCUGUAGCUAUAAUAAAUACUUUGUUUUAUAUUCUGU